UUACGGGUGCCAUUAUCUGAUCCAGAAUUUAAUAAGUCCAUCAUGGCCCGAGGCGUUAAGUUAUCGGAUUUGGCGUGCAUAUCGCCUUCAAGUGGGUGGUUUGGGCCUGAUGAGGAAGGAAGGAGGACCAUAAAGAUUCAGUGCGGCUCAAUUCAAGAUACGGCCAAUUUCUAUAUGAGGCCCAUUGAAGGGCUCACUGUAACGGUGGACAUCGACAGGAAAGAGGUGGUGAGGAUUUCAGAUACAGGCAGAGAAAUUCCGGUUCCGAAAGGGACAAACACCGACUACCGAUACACAGCCCAGGACAGGCCACCAGAAAUGGAGCCAAUCAAUCCAAUUUCAAUGGAGCAGCCCAAGGGGCCAAGUUUUAGAGUCGAAGAUGGACAUACAGUGAAAUGGGCUAAUUGGGAGCUCCACCUCAAGGCUGACCAACGAGCCGGUAUGAUAAUUUCCCAAGCCAAGGUUCGGGACUCGGAGACUGGUGAGCUCCGGAGUGUCAUGUACAAAGGGUUUGCUUCUGAAAUGUUCGUGCCUUAUAUGGACCCAGAUGAAGCUUGGUACUUCAAAUCGUACAUGGAUGCAGGCGAGUUUGGGCUAGGGGGGACCGCACUAGCACUUGUGCCACUAAAUGACUGUCCUCGAAACUCAUACUACAUGGACGGGGUUUUCGUGGCAUCGGAUGGGAAACCCCUUAUUCAGAGCAACAUGAUAUGUGUGUUCGCGCGGUACACUGGCGAUGUUGGCUGGCGACACUCUGAAACCUUCCUUCCUGGUUUUAAUAUUAGGGAAGCAAGGCCUAAUGUGACUCUUGUGGCUCGAAUAGCGGCAUCAGUAGGAAACUAUGACUACAUCUUCGACUGGGAAUUCCAAACAGAUGGUCUCAUUCGGGUUAAGGUUGGGCUCUCUGGAAUGCUAAUGGUGAAAGGAACCCCUUUGGAAAAUAUUCAUCAAGCACCUAAUCAAGAUGACAUGUCUGGCACUCUGGUGUCCGAAAAUGUCAUUGGUGUGGUUCAUGAUCACUUCAUCACUUUCCACCUCGAUCUGGAUAUAGAUAACACUGAUAAUUCCUUUGUUAAGGUCAAUCUGGUGAAGGAAGAGACUCUGACAGGCCAAUCACCCAGGAAGAGUUACUUGAAAGCCAAGAGGAAUGUGGCCGCGACCGAAAAUGAUGCGAAAAUCAAGCUUAAGCUCUAUGAUCCAUCAGAGUUUCACGUGAUCAAUCCUUUGAAGCGGUCUAGGUUGGGGAAUUCAGCCGGAUACAAGAUUGUCCCCAGUGGCACCGCGGCUAGCUUGCUGGAUUUACAAGAUCCUCCUCAACUAAGAAGUGCUUACAAUAAUCAGAUCUGGGUGACUCCAUACAAUCGGACUGAACAAUGGGCUGGGGGGCUUUUCGUGUAUCAGAGCAAGGGAGAGGAUACUCUGGCCGUGUGGUCUGAUAGGAACCGUCCAAUUGAGAACAGAGACAUUGUGUUAUGGUACACCUUGGGAUUCCAUCACAUACCAUGCCAAGAAGACUUUCCAAUAAUGCCAACAGUAUCAUCAAGUUUUGAUCUGAAGCCUGUUAAUUUCUUUGAAAGCAAUCCAGUUCUUCGGGCUGCACCCAACUUCGAAAAAGACCUUCCUGUUUGUAGACCUGCUGCAUCAUCUUGACUGUUGAUCGCAUUUGUUCCAGUCCAUUAAAAGCCCUAUCCUGUGGAACUCUGGAUGAAAAAAUCAUUAGUUUUAUUUAUAGUUACCAAGGAUAUGUUAGGUUUGAAUAGUGUUAUCCAAGAGCCAUUUGGGGAAAUAAUGUUGUUAUGUCCAAUUUUUAACAUAUUGGAUAGCUUUUAAUUUGGGAUUUGUGUUUUUAUGUUUAUUUUGAAAAGAAUUUUUGUUGGGUGCUCAAGAAGAGUAACCCUCAAAAAUGUCAUUUCCAUAUACUUUAUAAACAUACCAAGUAAAUCAAAUGUAUCAAGUUUUACAUGA